CACAUGUUCCUCCGUCUGACCAAUCAGAGCUCCAGGGAGCACUUCCGGUGAUAGUAUUUCCUGUCAGUGUUUGUAAACUGAGAAAAAUUGGAACCACGACAAGAAAUAAUAAUCUUAAACGCUAUAAAUCGAGAGGGUUUGGCCCCUGAUGAAUUGGGGGGGGACUGUGGUCUCUCCUGUCACCCCCUCAUCCUGAGUGAAGCCCCCCCACCCUCUGUUCCCUCAAACACACACGCAUUCAAACCACGGCGAUGACACACCAUUCCAACAAUUCAGUUCGAGACCAUAUGAAAUGGGCUGGGUUGCUGGGCUGCGAGGCAGUGUUGUCCAGCAUGGCCCUGAUGCAAGCCAACAAUAUCCCAGCCCAGAAGAAGAUGAUGUCAUCCUCGGGUCAUGGCCACAGGUCCAGUCCCGAGGGCCACCAGACACACUCGCAGCACAGCCUCAACCAUCAUGGGCACCAAGUUCACCAUGGGCAAGGCCACCACAGCCACAUGGGACACGCUUCAGAUGGGAGUUGUCCACCGCUGUUAAUCCGGAAAGAUGGGGAAUAUCACACGUCGAGGAUUACUGAUGGGAAGGACGUCCAGACAAACCAGAAUUUGCAGCCCAAGAAGAAGCACAAAAAGUCGUCCCACAAAGUAAAGGAGAAAGUGGAGUUGUUUAGUCCACACAUGGAUAUGGAUGACGACAGUUCCUUAAGAGUUCAGAAGAACUUCAUCUGCGAUCACUGCUACGGUGCUUUCAGGAGCAGCUACCACCUCAAACGACAUAUUCUCACACAUACAGGGGAAAAGCCAUAUGCUUGUGAUGCAUGCGAUAUGCGGUUCAUUCAGCGGUACCACCUGGACAGACACAAGAGAGUGCACAGCGGAGAGAAGCCGUACCAGUGUGAUCGAUGCCAUCAGAACUUUUCACGGACUGACAGGUUGCUGAGACACCGGCGGCUGUGCACAGCUGGCGUGGGCAAAGAGGAAAACCAGUACUCCCAGGAUGCAUCUGCCCAUCCAGCUUCCUGGAGUCCCCUCCACCCCUCCAACAGCCGCUUGACUGUUUAACAUCAGCCUCCUAACACCAGCCUGGAGCUUCAUCACGUCACUCACUGGAGUUUUUUCUCUAAAAGUAAUCUUAGCUAGAGACAGCCAAACUGUAGUUUUCUCUCAACAACUCAUGAUAUUUGAGUUUUGUUCGUCUCAUACACGAGCAAAAGGAGAUGGUCUGAUUUGGACAUACGGUUGUGGCAGUAAGUGAACUGAAAAAGACACCGCUAGGUACUCUGCAACGUUGCAACUUUUAGAUCUUUUGACCGACAGUCAACCCCACACAUGCUUGCCACUGUUCAAGGACAUGUUACUGAAGGACACACCAUGCAACAUUUAAGUAUAUUUUAGUGCAAAAUCAUAUAUCAGUCAUAAAUGCACUACAGUUGAUAAGAAAAAGCUUAUAGCAGGUUUCUGAUGUAUCCCUCAGAGUAAAUUAUUCAAAUCAGUUCAUUUACACUUAUCUAAAAGAGCGAAAUCCAAGACAGUUUGUUAUUUUAAUGCAAACAGAAGAUUUCCAUUUUCACCCAAAUAGCUCAAAAAUAGAGCUGCACAAUUUAUCACGAAUAUAUUGCGGCAGUGUCAGUGUCUGCAGUAUUAUUAUCACAAAUAAUUUGGAAUGCAAUAUAACUAAAUCCAAGGUUAUGUGAAUGCAUUCUUUGUAUCCCAAUCCAAUAUUCAACACAGUGGAUGGAUUCUCACUGCAUUUGGUGCCCAAACCUGACUCCAGACUCUCCACUGUGGGUUCAUUACUGGUUUUUCUUCCAUCUGAACAGAAUUUCCAAGAGACCUCCCACAUACCAAGGCAAUCUCUCAUGUGCGUUUUCUCUGCGAGGUCUAAAACCAAGGCAUUUACGUAGACCACCUCCCCUGAUGCCCAGCAGCUCUUCCAAAACUACAAAUCUACAAAUGACAUAUUCACCAAAAACACAACAGUGGCACUAAUUUCUCAUAACAUCCACUACUAGCCCAAACUCGCUUCUUAAUUUGCUAAUCCUCCAUCUGUGACACUAAGAAAAAACAGCUGCACAACCCCAGCUGUGUAAAAGGAUUUAAUCUGAAAAACACUAACGUCUGAUUAAUCUUGUUAUUAGUCCAGUUGGAGCGCCUAUUGCCACACGUACAGAUUGACUUUGUUUGUAUGUCACACUGUCAGAGCAACUAGAUGGCUCACAGGUGUUAUUGGGAACCAGAUGAUUUGACGCCAGUGAUUCCAGGCGGUCUGCAGUAACUGCACAGAGAAUUUGUUACAAAAUCUUGAGUUUCUCCAAAGUGCUUCCUUUAAGUAGCCCCCCACCUCCACCCAACCCCUCAAUGUAAAUCCAUGAGGUUUACUGUCUCUGUUAGUAGACACUGCUGUCUUGUUUUUCCUGUUUGUUAACCAGAGGUUCCUGUGAGUUCCAGACUCUCGUCCUCAAUAAAGGCAUUUAGCUUAGUAAGAUUGAACCUAGGAGGCAUCAGUGUUGGAACAGGUGCCGGUCCUAUGUAGUAUUUCAGUAUGGGUUAUUUUCUCUGCUGGUUCCUGCUCAUGGUCUUAGCGCAGAUCAAAUUAAAUAGUUAAAGACAUAAAUUCAUCCAUAUAAUUUAAAUUUUGACCUCUGCCUGACUGAAUGUUACCUGAUUACAGUGCCAUUUCAUUUUACGGCCCCUUUAACCUUAAGCGUCUUCAGUGAAGAUGGAGAACUGCUUCAGACAGGACUGUAAUCACUGGGCCGAAGAUGUGGGUUUUAACAGUUAUGUAGACUAAAAUGUUGUAAUAGUUAGGUAACUCUGUUGCCAUUAGCAGUGAAGAUUUGAGUUUAGGACACCUCACUUACUUUUUACAGCUUAUGAAGGUAAUAUAAAUAUUUAAAUUGUCUUAGGUGUAGAUAAUAGUGUUUGUUGGGCCUAAACUCCAAAAGUGAAUUAGAGUUUUUAAAGGGGGGAAAUCUGUAGUCCCAUGAUUUCCUGAAAGUAAAAGCAACCAUCCGUAAAAUAUCAGUUACACAACCGUUAAGUUUUAUUUUUUUUGCAUGUAUUUGUGUAAUAAGCUUGUAUAGAUUUUUUUUUUUCUUUGGUUAAAAUAUUUUUUCUUGAAUAAAUACUUUCAGCAUUUGCCAUGUCAAACUUGAAAGGAAGUCAGUUUUGGCUCACAGUAAAGGUUUUUGUUUUGUUCUUGUCGUUUUUAAGCAGUAAAAGCUGUUCAUGUACUCUGCAACAAAAGUAUUCACGGAUGUUAACUUUAUGUCAAUAAAGAUUUCUUAUUUUA